CUUAACACACCCACACACUAUAACAAAAUUAAAUCGCACCUGUCAAAUCUCUACUGUGUUACAGAUACAGGACAAAUUUUAUCAGAUUUUUGCCUCAAAAAGACAAAAAAUGGGCCUUUUUGGAAAGUCACAGGAGAAGAAUCCCAAAGAAAUGGUUCAAGAAUGGACGUCGAAAUUAAGGAAAGAAGGUUAUCAAAUAGAUAGACAAGUUAGAGCGAUUCAGAGGGAGGAGGAUAAAGUGAAGCGAAGUAUGAAGGAGGCUGCAAAGAAGGGAGAUCGAGAUGUAUGUAAAAUUUUAGCCAAAGAAGUAAUUCGAGCGCGUAAAACGUGUGGAAAAUUGCACACAUCGAAGGCUCAUUUAAAUUCAGUGUCGAUGCAAUUAAAAAAUCAGCUGGCUACAAUUAGAGUCGCUGGUUCAGUAUCGAAAUCCACUGAAGUAAUGCAAGCAAUGCAAGCACUUGUCAAAGUACCUGAAGUUGCAGCAACAAUGCGAGAAUUAUCCAAAGAAAUGAUGAAAGCCGGAAUAAUUGAGGAAAUGAUGGAUGAAACUAUGGAAUCUUUGGAGGAUUCCGAGGAAAUGGAGGAGGAAGCCGACGAAGAAGUCGAUAAGAUUUUGUGGGAGAUUACUGCUGGUCAAAUGGGAAGGGCACCGGCAGUCGUUACCGAUACAAUAGGUCCAUCAACAUCCAAAGACGAAGAGGAAGUAGCUGACAAAGAUAUCGACGAAAAAGAAUUGGAAGAAAUGAAAAGUCGAUUACAAAGUUUACGAAGUUAAGUUAAUUUUCAAUUUCAUAAAUUAAAAUCAACUUUCUGAAACUAAACUUUCAUUUGCAAUAAUUAUAUAUUAUGUCAAUGCGACAUCAAAUCCAUAUAAAUGGAAUCACAAAUUAGAAAAUGCAAACUAUAGUAGACAAAAAAUUUAAAUCACAAGCUUGCAAAUGUACAGGAAGUUAAUUUAUAUAAUUUAUUUUUUCAUCGGAACACCUUUAAUUAGAAUAAAUUAAUUAAUCCCACUAAGUAAAUAAUUAUCUUCGAGGAUUAUAUUUCUAUUGUGUGACAAUUUGUAAUUUUACUUCAAACCCAAAAAUUCGAGAGUGAAAACUUUAACACACAAUUUAAAAAUAAAAAAGGAGAUAUUAAAUUAUAAUUCCGUAACACGAAAAAUUAAAAAACAUAUGUUGUACAUAUGUUCAAGUGACUUUUUAUUUAUACACAAAAACAUUAAUUUUAGGAUUUAAAAUCAUUUUGUGUGCAAGAAAAAGUAUUGUAGCCUUACUAAAAAGAAGCAAAGCUUAUUUGUAAAAAAAAGAACUUAAUUUAAAAUGUAUUAUAAUUUUAAUAUUAGGAAUUUAGCACGAAUAACAAUGAGAUGAAUAUUUAGCUUUAUAAGAGAAACUGAAAUGUCAGAAAAAGAUUUAAAAAAACAAAUGUUCUCAAUGUAAUAGCUUUUUUAACUCUUUGUAAAAUCACACUGAAAAUAUUUUUAGUUUGAUUUUUGAAUGUAAAUAAUGUAUGUAAUUCGGCAGGCUUUUGUAGAUGCUAAUAAAAAAUUUGAAAAAUUUCACCAGAAAAA